UGUUUUGUUACUGACAGUUUGUAAGAACAUUAACUCUGGUAUAUUUCUAUAUCACCUUAUAAGUUGUAUGAAGAUGAAGUUUGCAAAAGUAAACAUCGCAGCCAUACUGCUCAUCUGCAUAUCAUACGCACAGGCCAAGUGUCGCUGCCAGCAAAUUACCACGGUGGUCAAUGGACAAAAUGUGUGUUCCUGCAACCCAGGCUAUAUCGUCAACCCAGCUAAUCCUGCUAAAUGUCUAGACAUCGAUGAAUGCAAUUCUCAGUCAAGUCCAUGUGAACAAGUCUGUACCAACACCAUUGGAAGCUACACCUGCUCAUGUAAUGCAGGAUAUGUCAUAAGUAGCACAGACCACACACAGUGUGAUGACAUCGACGAAUGCAGUGCUCAGCCAAGCCCAUGUCAACAGAAUUGCACCAACACAGACGGAAGCUUUACCUGUUCAUGUAGACCUGGAUUUGCCGUAAACAGCACGGACCCAACAAAGUGUUAUUCACUCUGUAUUCCGUUAUCAACUCCAUUAACAGAAACCCGAAACGCUUCAUCGCCCUUGGAAUGCUACUCAGCUUGUAGGGCAGAAAUUUGCUACGGUUUCAAGUUUGCCGAUGGCGUGUGUACCAUCAAGCUCUUUGUUGGCGAUGUUAUAAAUGUUACUCAAAAUGUUAUUGCAGGAUCAGUUAUCCUAUGCUACAAUGACAGCACACAAUGCACUUUAAGAAGCGGAGGAAAUGACGUGCCAGUUACUUUAACGAAUCACGAGACUUGCUAUACUAAUUGCCGUGACGAUCCCGAGUGUGUCGGUUAUACUUAUGUCCCCGGCUUAGUUUGUUUGCUAUCUUAUCCGUCUGGAUCCAUUGUUGACAUAAACAAUUUUCCGGUGGAUUCAUUUGUCUAUCUUGAUUGUGAUAAAUAAAAAGACAAACAAUGUGGGAAACAAGUCUACAUUGAAGGCAACGAAGUACUGCGGACUGUCGAAAUGUGUCAAACUAACUUCUCAGAAGACUUGUCUUCCUAUGUAAAACAAUUGAAUAAAUCCUAG